AUGUUUCGCGUGGCCGGUCUCCGCGCGCGGUUCGCAGUCCUCGCGAUACUCGUCAUGGCUCUUUGUUCAUUCUUACUCCUAGGCCCCUACAAAGUAACACCCGGCCACCUUACUUUCACGACACCCGGGAGGGAUCUGGGGCAUACUAGCCAAAGCCUGCUUACAGGACACGCAAUCGCGCCAAAGCUGGGAAACGCGACGGCAAAAGCAGAACUUGGUCGCGCGGCCUGGAAAGUCCUUCACACAACCUUCGCCCGCUUCCCCGAGAAGCCUACAGAGGAGGAGAAAGAGGCGCUACGGUCAUAUGUUCACCUGUUCCAGCGCCUGUACCCAUGUGGAGAAUGCGCAGAGCACUUUGGACAAGUGCUUGCCAAAUACCCUCCCCAGGUGUCGUCCCGGACAGCGGCAGCCAUGUGGGGCUGCUACGUGCACAACGUUGUCAAUAAAAGGCUGAAGAAGCCGGAGUUCAACUGCGAAGACAUAGGCGACGCAUACGAUUGCGGUUGCGCAGAAGAAUGA